AUGGACAACGAGGAAGGGGAAGAGGGACUCGAGAUGUCACUUCCGGCCAACUGGCAGAAUUUGGGGAUAGGGUAUCAAGAGCUUUUGGAGAGGCUAGAAGAUCCGAAGCUUGAUGGAAAGGAUAUAGAAGAACAAGACGAGGGAGGAAUUGUGGUUGCUGGGGUAGGCAAAGCUGGCUUUGAUAUCACCAAGAAGUCUGAGGAGUGGAGGAGAGGAUACUAUGGGGUAUUGAUGGGAGCAGCGAAUACAGCGGAACAUCUGGACGAUUGGGUCAACGAUACGACAAGAGACAUAUGGUUUCCUAGAAACCAGAUGCGGGGUCCAUCGAAUCCAAAACCCAAACCAAUCAAAGUUGGUUCACCUCCUCCACCGAGAGAAGAAGACUGUGAAAAGGCAUACGAUCCACCGGAAAAAUUCUAUAUGCGCAUCCUCACCACGCAAGGAUUCACGGAAAAGCAAAGAGUAGAUGCAGCGUUGGCAUUUGCUGCUUGGUUGGAUUUUAAGAAAACUCCAGAAGCUGCCAUGGAAAUGUACAAAUGGGCCAUCGACAUUUCAACCCCCUCUAACUCCUCAUCUUCAUUGAUCGAUCUUGAUACCCACACAUUGAACAUUAAUGCAGACCCACCAUCCGAAAAUCUGUUAAAUACAAGCACAGCACUUGCCAUCCACCACGCGACAAACUCUAACAUCUCGAAAUCUCUCCCCAUCUUUCUUUCGAUUCUCCGGGCGAGGAAGAAUCUUCCUGCUCCGCAGCAAUCUAUGAUUGAUACCCUUAUCACGGAGGACGAAGAACCCCCAAUGUGGAAAUCUUUAUGGAAGUUUCUCGCAGAAACCCUCUCACCACCUCCCUACCCACCCACUCCCUCCGAUGGAACAUCCCCGCCGUUUCGUAAUCCUAAAGAACUCUGCGAAGAAGCGAUUCUAAUGACGUAUAUCGGAGAAAUCCUUUACACCUCUAAUGCCGGCCCAAAAAGCAAAGACGACGGUCUAGCAUGGACAAGAGAAGCAGUUGAUGUAUCAGAGGUAGAAUUAAGGAACAGAAGAGGAUUGGAUAAGGAAUCGAAGAAGGUCUGCAAGUCAUGCCUAGAAGUCGGAUUAGGUAAUUGGCAAAAGAUGGUUGGUAAGCUAGCGGAAGAAGAGAGGCUGAAGAAGGUUAAUGGAGAGAGUGCUAAGAGUGGAUGGUUAGGAUUUGGAGGAAAGGUAGAGAGUAGUGGACGAUGGGAGGCUGAGGAAAACGUAGUCAGCGACAGGAUAAGGAGGGCAAAGGAUGUGCUACCCAAGAAGAGAAUUGGAGAGGUUGAGGACAGGAGACCACCACCUCCUAGUAUUGGAGGUAAACCAGUUACCGCAUGA